CAGAGCCAGGAUCAUCAUGUACUGUGUCGGGGUUCUCGCGCAUGCGCUAUGAGAGUACCAGUUGGUCCAAUCAGCUAUUUUAACACACCCCUAAUAACUGAAUGUGAUUUCCAGAAGAUGGCGACUUUUCUGGUGGUUUCAACUUCAGUUCCUGCAAAUCCUGAAAAGGAAAAAUGUGAAACAGCCAUUCAAAAGGUUGUGAGCCCUGAAGCAUACAUCAAGCAUCCACUACAAAACAGGUGGGCUCUUUGGUUUUUCAAGAAUGACAAAAGCAAAACAUGGCAAGACAAUCUUCGUCUUAUCUCCAAAUUUGACACCGUGGAAGAUUUCUGGGCGUUAUACAAUCACAUUCAGCUAUCAAGUAACUUGAUGUCUGGCUGUGACUACUCGCUCUUUAAGGAUGGCAUUGAGCCCAUGUGGGAGGAUAAGCGGAAUCGACGAGGUGGCCGAUGGCUGAUAACUCUCUCCAAGCAGCAGCGUAAAUCAGACCUUGAUCGUUUCUGGUUGGAGACGCUCUUGUGUCUUGUGGGUGAAGCUUUUGAUGACUACAGUGACGAUGUGUGUGGAGCCGUCAUUAACGUUCGAGCCAAAGGAGAUAAAAUAGCGAUAUGGACCACAGACUACGAAAACAAAGAGGCCAUCACACACAUAGGGCGUGUGUAUAAAGAGAGAUUAGGCGUUCCGCCAAAAGUGAUCAUCGGAUACCAGUCACACGCAGACACAGCCACAAAGAGCGGCUCCACGACCAAGAACAAGUUUGUUGCCUGAGGACUGAUAACCAGAAUCAUCAUCAAAGCUUUCUUCUGUUGCCAGCAUAGAUUUUCUGUCAUUUGUCCAUGAAUGUAACUGACAUGUUUAUCCACUAACAAACAUUUGAAGUGCAGAUAAAAUUGCUUCCUUUUUGUUUGCCUAUUUGUUGCCAAUUUACCAAAGCUUUUGUUUGUAAGUAUGUACAGUUAAAAUGUAGCACUCUGGUUUGAGAACUUCAUUGUUUUUGUGGCAGUGAUGAAGAGAAGACAAGUAAAAGAUGUUUUGAUGGCAAAAUUGAACUGCAUAUUUGUGUAAAAUUUGUUUCAUAGUAUAUGUCAAUAAGUUUUUCUUAAAGUACUUAAGAUUAAAAGGUUAAAAACAAAGUAACACAUUUUCUAUUUUGUAUAAUCUGUGACUUUUUGUUUCUACCUUGCAUACCUCUCCAUCAGUAGUUUAAAUGUAUGGAUUUAUUUGCAUUCCGUUGCAUGGUGGAAUUUUGCCUUAAGCCACAUUUUCUGUAAGUGAAGAGAGCUAACAAAUUUAUGAGGAACCUUUGUGUUCAGAAAAUGUUCUGACACAUUUGUGCAGUCAUUUUUUCAGUUUGACAAAAAGUUGCUUUUUUUGCAGAUAUGAGCAUCUAGUGCAAAUGUUAAGAGUUAAAGCUGAGACCAGCAGAAAAUCUAUUUAAAGAUGCUUAUGGUGCUUCACAAUGAAUGUUAUAAUGAAAGAUUUUGACGUUGACUUCUUUGCCACUCGAUGCAAGAAGCAUCAUUUAUCUUAGGUGGUGCCUCAGAUUUAUCACUUGUGCAAAUAUGUGAAGUAUAUAAAUUCUAGCCAUUCAUACCCAAACUCUUGGAAUGCUUUUUCUGUUAUACAUAAAUACUUAUUAUUUUUUUUGUUUCACAGCAUAGAAAGAUGUCAGUGAUGAAAGCAUUAUUUUGUGUUGUAUGAAGAAUGAUUUUCCAAAUGUAUGUAUUUUGGGGUAUCUUUUUUUUCCUGGUGAGUGUGCAAACCAUAUCACAGUUUACGGUGUUAAAAAGGUUUACCUUUGAUAUGUGUGUUGUUGCUUUGAUGAAGUUUGCAUAGUUUCAUUAUGUACAUUCCAGGUAUUGUUUUGUUUGUCAGAUAAUGUGGAGGAACUGAACUGUGCCUAAAUGUAACAUCCUGCCCCAUAUUUCUAGGCAGUCAAUGUACAAUUUAUUGAUGUAAAUAAACAUGUACAGUGAA